AUGUUGCCUCGAAUAGGAAAUGUGUGCAUUCGGUGCUCGCUUCAGAUCAGCAAAGCGAUUGAGGGUUAUGAGCGCGCCGUGAUCAAUUCAACAUGUCGACGGAAGUACAGCAGUGACGUUACUCAUUCGUCUCGUCCGUUCCGUGUUGCAGUUAUCGGCUCCGGACCUGCGGGGUUCUAUGCUGCAUAUAGGCUGAUGGGGAAGGUUGAUAAUGCUUUCGUCGAUAUGUACGAGCAUUUGCCUGUUCCCUUUGGACUGGUCCGAUAUGGCGUUGCGCCAGACCAUCCGGAGGUGAAAAAUUGUCAAGAUAAAUUCACCGAAGUAGCUAACUCUUCCCGUUUCAAUUUUAUUGGAAAUGUCGAGCUGGGCGCCGCUCUCCCCCUUCGGUCCCUAAAGCCACAUUACGAUGCCAUCCUCUUUUCUUACGGUGCCUCGAAGGAUAGGGAAUUAGGAAUACCCGGAGAACGAGACAUUCGUGGAAUAUACUCUGCUAGAGCGUUUGUUGGCUGGUACAAUGGCCUCCCAGAGUACCGAGACCUUAAACCAGGUCUAGCAAGCGGUGAAGAGGCAGUUGUAAUUGGGCAAGGAAACGUAGCUAUGGAUGUUGCUAGAGUUUUGUUGACGGACGUCGAUAUUUUGCGGAAGACGGAUAUGGCAGAGUAUGCCCUGGAGGAAUUGUCCCGGAGCAAGAUUAAAAGAGUCAGGGUGGUUGGACGAAGAGGGCCAAUGCAGGGUGCGUUCACAAUCAAAGAAAUCCGCGAGCUAUUACAGUUACCCUCCGUAUUCUUCGAGCCCAUUCCCGAAUAUCUCUUCCCGCCGGUAUCAGCAAUCAAAAGGCUGCCCCGAGCCCAAAAACGCAUAACCGAACUCCUCGCCAAAAGCUCAUCCACAGAUCCUUCAACAGCAAACAGAACUGGGUCUCUCGAUUUUCUACUCUCUCCCCACUCCUUUCACACCUCACCAAAGAAUCAAUCUAGUGACCUAUCAUACAUAAAAUUUACUCGCAACCAACUUGACCCCUCAGACCCCUUCUCUCCAUCAUCACGAGCCACUCCUCUCCUUGGCGAUGACGGCAAAGCAAUGCAGGUUGACAUCCCCGCUAGCGUCUGCUUCCGAAGCAUAGGAUAUCAAUCCGUCCCUCUCGAAGGCUUUGAAGACCUUCAGAUCCCGUUCAACGCUUCACGUGGGAUAAUCCCCAACGAUGGACAAGGAAGAAUCAUUGAUUAUGACUCCUCCAGCGACGUGAAAGCUAAUCCACCCUCGUCCGCUCCGGAGGCCGUGCCAAGUCACCUCCCCGGGCUGUAUUGCGCUGGCUGGGUGAAGCGUGGCCCUACCGGUGUCAUUGCCUCAACGAUGACAGAUGCAUUCGCCACUGGCGAUGCGAUCGCGGCGGAUUGGGCGCAUCAUGUUUCGGCUUCUAGCGGUGCCCCGGCGUUCUUGAACUCUGAUGAGGGAGGGAGCACUGGACUUGGCUGGGAGGGCGUACGCGGUGAUGUAGAGAAGCUUGGCCUCCGGCCAACAAGCUGGAAAGAUUGGGAAGCGAUUGACCGCGCGGAGGUGGAGAGAGGCAAGUCUAGGGGCAAGAUUCGAGAAAAAUUUGGUCGUGUUGAGGAGAUGUUAGAUGUGUUGUCAUAACAAUGCAUACUUACAAUUUUAUGACAGCGGUUACAACAACUUCUCUACUCAUUUCCUUUUAAAGAGAGGUAGUAUAGAGAUCGACCUAUAUAGAACACCUGUACUAUAAAUUAUCAAUUUGGUUAGAUAC